AUGGGGGUUCAGGUACAUCGUUUCUUUUCGAGCUCCAAUCCUCUUGUGUAUCGUUUUAGCAUUGCUCAUCGAAUUAAGGAGAUAAGACAACAGUUAGAUGAUAUUGCUAAGAAUAUGGAAAAGUUUGAUUUGAUCAAAACUCAGCUGAAAAUGGGUCAAGGCCUUCCAAUAAAUGGCAAUAGGGAGAUGAAUACUCACUCCCUUGUUAACCCUGCAGACAUUAUUGGUAGAGAUUGUGAAAAAGAGGAGAUCCUAAAUAUGGUACUAAAGGACCAAGCUCAAGAUCAUGACAAUCAAAUCCCUGUUAUAACUAUAAUUGGGAUUGGAGGUUUAGGGAAGACAACGCUCAUCAAAUCAAUAUAUAAUAACGAUGCAAUUAAAGAAAAGUUUGAUUUGAGAAUUUGGGUUUGUGUGUCUUUGGAUUUCAAUGUGUCUAAAAUAGUAAAAGAUAUUCUUACAGAUGCAACUGGUAAUAGCAAUGCCACAAGCAACUUGUCCAAUUUAAACCAGUUGCAAAAAGUUUUGACAGACACCUUGAAAGAUAAGAAGUUUCUACUUGUAUUGGAUGAUGUAUGGAAUGAGGAUUUUUUGAAGUGGCAGGAUUUAGCAGAAUUGUUAUCAGUGGGUUCGAAAAAGAGUAAAAUUAUAGUGACAACACGAAGUAGUAAAGUUGCUUCAAUCAUGGGUGGAACAAGGCCUUAUGAAUUGGAGGGUCUUCCUCGGAAGGAUUCUUUGUCUCUUUUUUUCAAGUAUGCACUUGGAGGUGAAGAAGAAGCAUCAAAAUAUCAUGAACUCAAAAGAAUUGGUGGAGAAAUUGUGGAAAAGUGUAGUGGGGUUCCUUUGGCAUUGAAGAUUUUGGGCAGUCUCCUUUGGUUGAAGACUGAAGCUCAUGAGUGGAAAACGGUAAGAGAUAGUAAAAUUUGGGAGUUAGAACGAGAAGAAGGUCAUAUUUUACCUGCAUUACGAUUAAGUUACAAUGCAAUGUCUCCAUCUUUGAGACAGUGUUUUUCUUAUUGCUCAACUUUCGAAGAGGAUAGUUUGAUGUCAAGCAUUGAUUUGAUUAGUAUUUGGAUGGCACUUGGAAUCCUUCCUUCACCUAAAAACAAAGAGGACUUCGAAGUUAUUGGUGACUCCUGCUUUGUAGAGUUGUGCAACAGAUCUUUAUUUCAACUUGAUCCUCAUGAAGAUUCUUUUGAAAUCUCCCAAGUGUUCAGAGUGCAUGAUUUAAUUCACAACCUUGCAUGUUCAAUAACCCAAAAUGAGUGCUCAAUUGUAAAUUCCAACGACGAUAGAGAGAUUUCUGAUACAUAUACCAGAGAUGAGAAGGAUGAAGUUGUGCAGUUAUUCCUUUCUACAUGCAUCUCAACAAUCAAGCACUUACGAGUGUUUGAUUUGUCAGGAUUAUCUUUUGAGGUGUUGCCUAAUUCUAUUGGGACCAUGAAGCAGUUGAGAUAUCUUAACUUGAAUGGUAAUAGAAAUAUGAAGAGACUACCUGAUUCAGUUUGUAAGCUGCAAAGUUUGCAAACUUUGAUUUUUGAAGAAUGUAAGAAGCUAGAGGAAAGACCCAAGAAUAUAGGGAGUUUGGUAAGCUUAAGGACUCUUUUCUUAACCACAAAACAAAGCGUUUUGGCAGAAGGUGGAAUUGGAUGCUUGAAGUCUCUUCGUUUGUUGAUUAUUGAUGAAUAUUGUAAAAAUUUGAGAUCCUUGCCGCAUCACUUGAUAAAUUGCACUACAUUACGUUCUCUCUUUAUAGUUGUUUGUGGUAAACUCAACUUGGCAAGUGAAUUUAUUAAUAAAGAUGUUCAGUUGAGCCUCCACACAUUUGUUAUUUAUGGAUUACUAGAGACAACAGAAUUGCCCCUGAAAAACCGUGUUUUUGCAAAUCUGUUACAUGGGAUUCCAUAG